AUGUUCUUGUUCUUGGUAUGUAGCUUGGUAGAGAUGAGGAUGAGAGAUAUAUGUAUGAUGUGAUGUUAAAUUAAAUUAACGCAACGGAAGCUUCGUCGGUUCAGUCGGUUGUAUGUUAAAUGUAUGGUUUUUGUACGUUUUAAAUUCGUCCUGACCGAGAGUUCAGAUUCACAUAUUAUUUUGUGAGAGGAUCGGAGAAACAUUUUAGCAAACAGCUUGAAAAAAGUACCUACAGUGCGACUUCCAGCAAACUAGAUACAGGCGUGAAAACUGAAUGAAGUUAUGAAUUAUCCGCGUUCAGAAGAUGAUUUUAACCCGUUGGCAGCUCGCGAAAGGCGAUUAGGAGAAGGCAUGACACCGAGAACGGCAACAUAUCGAUGGUGUUGUGGAUAAAAGGCCAAACUGUUUUUUUUUUCCAAAGGGCAAAUCUGUUCUCGGUCAUUUUGAGUAAAUACGAAAGGGCCAAUCUGCAUUUUUUUACAUGAAAGUAUAAUCCAAAACGGCGAAACUGAACUAUUUUUUUACUUUUUUUUUACAUUACAGACCACUACAAAUUUAUCUUUGAUGGCCAGUAAUUUAAAAAAAAUUGCAAAUGUACCAAAAUGAUCUCAGAAAACCCAGACCUACGAGUAAACAGAAUAAUACGAGGGUGGAUUAAAAAGUAUCGCCAACAUGGCUCUGGAGGAGAGCCUAUAUGGAGGUACGAGUAUUUUGAACCAAAUGAGCGCUCAUUUUAUAGCUUGAAGUUUUAGGAAGACGGUGGUGUGUUCAGUUUUUAGAUACCUACAACUCGAAAAAAUGUUGAUCGUAUUUGAAAUUUUUGAGAAAAGUUAUUCGGUUGAUGGGGCUGGAGUAUCGUACAUUGCGGUCUAGUAGCAAGUCUAAUAUCUAUAUCAAGCAGUGUGUGCAAUCAUUUGAUAGUCCAAAGCCUCAGGAACACGGCGGUGUAUUCAGUUUUUUUUGUUUGACUUGUACAAAUAUUCUUGAAUGAAUUCAACGAGAUCAUGGUAUAGCUAAGUGAUGUUAAUUUUCACUAAAAAAAAAACGCCCAAGUCACUUUGGACAUGUUCAACAUUGUUACAGCAUGUUGUACAGAAAAACUAAAUACAUCACCAUGUUCCUGUAACUUCAGACUACAAAAUUACUGCUCAUGCAGCUUGCUAUAAGAAUUAGUCUCGCCGGUAGAGCGCAAAGUGUACCUUCUUGUGUAUCCUGCAUGACCUGAAAUUUUUUCCUCGGCCCAUUCGAAGGCCUCCAAAAUUUUUUCUAUAACUCAUAUCGUGUACCUGAGACUUCAGGCUACAAAAUCACAACUUCUUUCUCAAUAGAAAUGAAAUGAGGAAGGAUCGAGAUGACGGAUUUGCUAAACUAUUUGAACCUGAACCAAAGACCAAAAAUUCAGAAAUUAAAAUAUCAAAAGAGCCUCAGGAAACGAAUUUUAUCCGUCAAAAAAAAGAGUUCAUUCUGAAGAUGAUUAAAAAAGAUACCAAAGCUCGAACCUUCACUGAUGACUGAUAACAAAUCGAUUUCACCCCUACAUACAAUAUUAGACUAUAUGAGCUUUCAUUUCGCGGCCGAAUAUUUCCCAUUUGCUAAGCAUUUGCCAUUUAUCAACAACAAAACAUCUAUUAUUUUUUGCCAAAUUUAUCAGAUUGGCCCUUUUUUUCAUGUUGAACCUGUAGGUUGAACAAAUACAAAAGGGCCAAUCUGUCCACUCUCGAACUAUUUCAUCAUUAUAAAUUUCUCAAGCUAGAAAAAAUAUUAUCAGUGGAUAAUAAUGGAAAGCGAAUGAGUUGCCUUCAUCAAAAAAAUUGAUACAUCGGCCAAACUACUCCUUAGUACGAUGAUAUGACACUUUCGAGUUUAGAAUGCAAGUUGGAAACUCAGUUUGGCCUUUUAUCCACAACACCAUCGAUAUGCUGCUCGAAAAACUACCAUGGACGAGAGAUCUAUAUUUGCUCUACGAUCACGAAUAGGACCCGAUCUGUUUCGCGGUGCACCCGAGUUGAGUAAGAUCGCAUACUUCAGCGCAGCAAUUGCCUUAUGGUAUCAUGCAAAUAUACCUGUACAGAUGUCAGGAAUAAGAAAACAUCGCUCCCAAGACAGCGCUGUGUGGUCAUCGUUAUGUCGAAAAGUGCGUGGAUAUGCGCUGGAUUUAAUGAUACCGAAUUCAAUCUGUCAACGUCUGCAGGUAUACGUCGAUAAAAUAAAAUACGAAUUAGAAGAUUGGGUUACCUAUCAUUCAAGAGCUGUAUUUUUUGGGCAACAAAAUGACUUGAAGAUAUACAAGUUCAUUUAUCACAUCAUUUGGUAUCCUGAUGGUAAUAUUAAUUACGCGAAGACGGCUGCAAAUUUACUAAAAUCAAAAUCCACGAGUACAACUGAGAAGUUCUUUCUUUCGUGUUUGUAUUGUUUGGAAGACGAGAUCAGAGCGAUUGCACCGUCAGUGAUCGAGCGUAUCGAUUUGACUCAAUUGAGGUUUAACGAGCAUCCAUUGAUUCACUACUGGAUUUGUUGUCUGCGAAGCGCUUUGAACAAUAUACAAGUUACUAGAGAUUUAUCCAUCGAAUGUUUCAUGGUUCAGCAACAUUACGUGAAUAAUUGGUCAGCGGUGGAAUACUUCUUUGAUCGAAUGAAUUCCGAUGAACAAGUGCAAAGCGCUAUCUGGUUAAUCGACAAAUACGGAUUAAUGUAUCAGGAGGUAUUAUUGAUGAAAUUGAACGAAAUCCAACGGUUAUCCUUGUAUUCAAGCAGAUGUACGGAGAUCCUUUAUAAUUACUCUAGAUCGUUUAAUACCACCGAUAUUUCGAAAAAUGUUCUUGUGACGUGGUUUGAAAUUCGUAAUACGAUCUCCAGAGAGCAAUUCGCCUUGAUAUUUCGCGAACUGCUGUGGUCCAGAGUAGUCGAUACGGUUAUGACGGAUAUUUGGACCAGCGCUUGUGCCGAUUUUAAACGUCAUGUUUUGAAAAACGUUGAUAACGAAUUCAUUUCAACAUUAUUUUAUCGAUUUGGGACGAACUACGAUAGUGAUUUCAUAUUCACCGUUUUAGCAGAUAUGAAUGCAAAUGCUAAACAAACGAUGAUUGAAAAACGGUUCUUCACACAAUGCUGCGAAAACUUGAUAUGCGAGCAGAAGCCAUCGAUUUUGGAUAGAUUACUGAAUCAGUUUUUUCCCACCACCGAAGAAUCGGCACAAUUCAAACGUAAUCUCGUAAGCACUUCGGAUAAAGUGAAAUCCCAAUGUUUUGAGUAUUUCCGCGACUACAAAAAAAUCAAAAUCGCCCAUGAAAUGCUCGCUUUAGCGUUGUCACCUGACUACGAUUUCGUACUAGAGUACAAAAGAAAAAUACUCAUGUCACCGGAGGGUACUCGGAAUUGUAGUUUUCUCAUGGGUUCAGUUAAACGUGGCACUUUAUGUAACCUCAUCGCCGAUUGUUUCAAUACUGAAAGCCUCGCAUGGGAAUUCAAAAAAGAAGUGAUUUACUCUACAUGGGGUAUUCGCAAACUUCAGGAAAUGAUUCUAGAGGAUAAUUUGCGUACGGCGAAAAAAUACAUAAAUUGGUUUCUGGAAUCGAACGAAGAAAAAAAAUUAUUCAAAAGACGUCUACUGAUCGAUAACGAAAGUGUUAGUUCAACAAUGAUACAAAUAUUACUCAGAUAAGACCGGGAGUGGUGGCAAUCAUUUAUGAUAUGGUGCUUCGAAGAUGAAAAGACUAUCACGGAGUUUAAAGAAAUGCUGCCAGUGGAUACGAUUUUUGAUCACUUACUGACGGGUAGCGUUUGUCGAAAUUAUUAUCGGUAUCCUAAUCUUAAUCUUGAGCUUUCCUUGAAAGAGAAUUUCGAGUUUGGUAUCGUGGAAAGAUUUUUAUAUUGGUACUUUCAGACAUGGGCGGAAAAAUGUGAUUAUAAAGUUCGAAGAAUUAACGCCUAUGAAAACCUGCAUAUCAUCUCGUUCAUUUUGAGGUCUGAACAGGCCGAGAAAAAUAUUAAAGCGGUGAUAGGCUGGUUUUUCAAUUACAAUCAAAGUAAAAUCGACCAAUUCAAACGAGAUCAUCAAGGCUCGGAAAUUGUUUCAAUGAUUUAAAAACGUAUGUAUAGUAUAUUAUGUAGUUUGAAAUGAUUGACCAUUUUUGUAUUUAAUUUUUUAAAAAAAUCCUAAUGAAUUUCAUUGUUUUAAAAUACCUACUUCAAUUCUUUUUUCAAAUUAUUAAUAUAUUAAAGUUGGCGUCAUAAAUUGAAUAUUGUGAUACCUAUAAUCAUUAUACCUACUUGAGUGAUCUUAUUAUUUUUAAUGAGAUUAUUUUCUCACUCUCUGAUUUUCACGUGUCUUUUUGUUCCAGAAGUUUUAUUGUUUCGGAAUUUUGUCUUUUGUAAAUGAAAAUAUAGAAUAGUGCAGAAAAGUACAUAGAUGGGUAAUGAUAAUAUUGUUCAUUAAUU